AUGUCUAAGUAUCAAAUUAAUUGCACAAGAUACCGACACUUUCUCAGAACAUCUAACAUUUCCCAAAUCCCUGAUUUUACGAAAUACUGCAUAGGGCCCGUAAAUGAAGAAUUAGCACCUUACAUCAUGGAGACCAUGAAGGCAUAUCCUUCAAACUCCAAAUAUAUCAAUCCGCAGCAUUACUACCAUAAUAGAACGGUUCUAGUAGAAAACUACUUAAAGCGAAGUCCGAACCCGGUAUCGUUAACCCAACUAGCGCAAUAUUAUGACGAUUCUACUAAGUUAACCAGAACCAAGAUCAUCAACUCCGGAAAGUUUGUAAAGGAAGAGCUUGUGAUUAGGAUUGCACAUAAACUGAAUCAACUGCAACAAUUGCCAUUUAAUGUCGUGAAUAACUUCCAUUUUGUCCAGGUUUAUGAAUCAUAUUACAACAUUUUUGAAAGCUUUAGAAAAUAUCCGACUAUAAGAACUUUAGACGACGCUUCUCAGUUUGCUGAUUUUCUCAAAAGUAUGUUAGAGGGUUUCAAUACUUUAAAUCUACCACAUCUAAUAAUGGGGGCCUUAGAAUGUACAAUUUUGGAUCUUUAUCCCCGUGAGAAAAUGGACCAAUUACUAUCUGACCUAUUAAGAGCUCGAAUAUCAAGGAGACUGAUUGUAGAAGAGCAUGUCAGUAUCUCAGCUAACUACACUAGUGGUAAAAAGGAAAACACUCUGGUAUUGGGUGACAUCUUCCAAUAUUGUAACGCAAAAAAAUAUUUAUUGGAAGCGAGCGAAGAAUCUCAAAAAUUCAUUCAAGAUAUGUAUUUUAAGAACAUUUCCAUGCCUGAAUUCAUUAUUGAAGGUGACACCCAGUUAAAUUUUUACUUUUUGCCCACACACUUAAAGUAUUUAUUGGGAGAGAUCCUAAGGAAUACGUAUGAGGCAACCAUGAAGCAUUAUAUCCGCAAGGGACUAGAAAAGCCGGAACCAAUCAUAGUCACGGUAGUAAGCAACGAUGAAUCCUACCUUUUUAGAAUCUCGGAUAAAGCUGGCGGUGUCCUUCAUGAUGAUGAGGAUCUAUGGUCGUUCGGCAAAUCAAAAGAAAGAGCCCAAGAAUCUUUGAACAAUUUUCACAAAUUGCCUGGUUUGCAAACUGUUUCUAUUUAUGACCAAGUACAUUCUCCUACCAAAUAUAAUUCUAAGCUUAAUUCAUUGUCAUCAAUAACGUUAAAACCUUAUAUGCACACGUCCUUAGAACCAAUGAGUUAUCCUAGCAUAAUUAAUGGACACACCAAAUAUGAAACUCCAUUAAUUGAAUUGCUAAAACGGUCUUUUAGGUACAAACUUGGCAUUGGCUUAGCCAUGUGUAAAGUCUAUGCCGAAUACUGGAACGGUGACCUGUCAUUGCAUUCAAUGCCUGGAUAUGGAACCGAUGUAGUUUUAAAACUAGGAAAUUUGAUGAAACAUACAAACAAAUUACAAUUAGAUAAAGUAUGA